AUGCGUAUACCAGUGGGAGAACAUAUUUUAUAUUCGCUCAGCUUUGCUGAUGACCAAGUGGUGAUCUCUCAAGAUUCUUACGACCUAGAGUUUAUGUUAAACAGGCUACAUGAAGAGUAUGAAAGAUGGCGAUUAAAAAUCAGCUUUAAGAAAACCAAAUUUCUGGUGGUUAACUCAAAAACCAAUUUUGAACUCCUGCUGAAUGAUGAAGUGCAGCUUAGCCAGGUAGAACAAUUUAAAUAUUUGGGCGUUAAUAUUAACAAAAGAGGCCCCGAACAACAGGAAGUUAAAAUAAGGAUUCAGAACGCAAAACGAGUAAUCGGAUGCUUAAACUCAGUUUGGUGGGAUAGACACAUAUCCAAGAGGAAUAAAAAACGACUUGGACAGAGCCUGGUUGAAUCCGUCUUGUGCUAUGGAUGUGAGGUAUGGACAGUUAACUCUGAUUUGCGCAGAAAACUUCUUGCCACCGAAAUGGAGUACCUCAGGCGAAGUUCACGAGUAUCUAGAAGGGAGUGCGUGCGCAACGAAGUGAUAAGAAGAAGAAUUGAUGCUCAGGACACGGUGGUUGAUAGAAUAGAGAGAAGAUCGCUGAAAUGGUUUGGUCACCUCAUGAGAAUGCCGGAUAAUCGAUGGCCAAAACGAGUCUUUCAAUGGGUUCCGCCGCAACGAAGAAAACGAGGAAGACCAUGA